AUGUCCCGUCAGGAUGGCUCAGAGACACUCGGGUCCGAUCAGGGCAACCAGUCUUUGCGUCUCCACUACCAGUCACCUGCCUCCGAGUGGUCUGAAGCUCUACCAAUCGGCAACGGGCGGCUAGGCGCGAUGGUCUACGGGCGAACAUUGACCGAACUCAUCCAGUUGAACGAAGACUCGGUCUGGUACGGCGGCCCGCAGGACAGGACCCCAAAAGACGCGCUCCGCCACCUGCCAAAACUCCGACAGCUCAUCCGAGAUGAGAAGCACGCCGAGGCCGAGUGUCUGGUGCGCGAGGCGUUCUUCGCGACGCCCGCGAGUAUGCGACACUAUGAGCCGCUAGGUACUUGCACCAUCGAGUUAGGCCAUGGUGCCGAGGACAUCGCGGACUAUCGCCGGCAUCUAUGUCUUGACACCGCGCAGACGACAGUAGAGUAUCGAUGCCGGGGAGUCUCUUACCGUCGAGACGCCAUCGCCAGCUUUCCGGAUAACGUGGUGGCCUUUCGGAUCACGGCCUCCAAACCAGCGCGAUUCGUAGUGCGGCUCGACCGGGUCAGCGACAUCGAGUGGGAGACGAACGAGUUUCUGGAUAGUAUCGAAACAAGCUAUGGGCAGAUCACACUGAACGCGACCCCGGGUGGCCGAAACAGCAACCGACUGUCCAUUGCCCUGGGAGUUGCUUGCGACGAUGCUGAAGGGUCCGUGGAGACCAUCGGUAACUCCUUGGUUGUGAAGUCGUCAUCUUGCAUGAUCGUCAUUGGCGCCCAGACGACGUAUCGAGCACUUGAUCCAGAGACAGUUGCCCGCAGCAAUGUUCUGGAAGCGCUGAAACUCCCGUGGAACGUCUUGGUCAGACGCCAUCGAACCGAUUAUCAGAGCCUCUUCGGACGGACGACACUUCGUAUGUGGCCGAACGCUAGCCAUGUUCCUACGGAUGAGCGGAUUCAGAAAGGACGAGACGCCGGUCUAGUAGCUUUGUAUCAUAACUACGGCAGGUAUCUGCUCAUAUCGUCGAGUCGAAACUUUGAGAAGGCGCUACCUGCGACGCUGCAGGGCAUCUGGAAUCCUUCCUUCGCGCCGCCUUGGGGGUGUAAGUAUACUAUCAAUAUCAACCUGCAGAUGAACUACUGGCCAGCCGGGCCUUGCAAUCUCGUCGAAUGCGCUAUUCCUGUUCUCGAUCUGCUGGAGCGCAUGGCUGAGAGGGGGGAGAAGACGGCCAAAGCCAUGUACGGUUGUGGAGGGUGGUGUGCGCACCAUAAUACGGAUAUUUGGGCAGACACAGACCCUCAAGAUCGAUGGAUGCCUUCGACCAUCUGGCCUCUCGGAGGAGUCUGGGUCUGUAUCGACGUAUUCGAGAUGCUGCAGUAUCAUUACGACGAGAACCUCCACAGACGAGCGGCGGUGGUCUUGGAGGGCUGCAUCAUCUUCCUCCUCGACUUCCUCAUCCCGUCGGCAUGCGGAAAGUACUUGGUCACGAAUCCUUCACUCUCUCCCGAGAACACAUUUAUAUCGAGGUCGGGCGAGGCCGGUAUUCUAUGCGAGGGCUCCGCUAUCGACAUGACCAUUAUUCGGAUCGCAUUCGAAAAGUUUCUUUGGAGCACUGAUGUGCUAAGCAGACAGGAAUCACUGCGUGGGAAGGUAGAAGAAGCUCUUGGCAAGCUGCCCGAACUGGCGAUCAACACCAAUGGCUUGAUCCAGGAAUGGGGCUUGAAGAAUUAUGAGGAGCAUGAGCCGGGUCACCGGCAUGUUUCUCACCUGUUCGGUUUGUACCCGGGGAAAAGUAUCAACCCAGCAAGAACACCAGACUUGGCUGACGCCGCGAGACGGGUCCUUGAGCGGAGAGCAGCACAUGGUGGUGGACAUACAGGAUGGAGUAGAGCAUGGUUACUCAACCUCCACGCCAGGUUAUUGGACGCCGAGGGCUGCGGUCAACACAUGGAUAUGUUGCUUAAGAGCUCGACAUUGGCGAACAUGCUCGACAACCAUCCACCAUUCCAGAUUGACGGCAACUUUGGCGGGUGCGCCGGUAUUCUUGAGUGUUUAAUUCAGUCCAGCAUACUGCCUGGAGACUCGAAGUCCGGGAUAGUCGAAAUACGGCUGUUACCAUCAUGUCCUAAGAGCUGGACUGAGGGCGAGCUCACGCGUGUCUGCACCAAGGGCGGUUGGCUCGCGUCUUUCGUGUGGCGCAAUGGCGGCAUCGUCGAGCCUGUGGUUGUGGAGAGUCCAGCCACUAUGGAUGCUGAGGCUCAGAUUGUUUUUCCCAAUGGUUCUCGGACUAUUGUGCGUGGCGUCGCGCCCAAGUCCGAGCAUCAGAUCGUUUGCCAAGCAUAG